UCCAACCAACACUUGUGGCAGCCUCACCACAACUUCACUCUGCAGAGGUUUCACUCUUUGAAGUAUCCCUCCUCUCAUUCAGCCCGCGUGGCAGCAAACCACAGACAGAGAGAGAGAGAGAGAGAGAGAGAGAGAGAGAGAGAAAGAGAGAGAGGGGGGUGACACUGGGGGAGGAAGGGGCUCUGUGCGUCGCUGUGUGGAGUUGCUCAACAACAGGGAUCGAUGUAACUCGCGGAAACUGAUCCCCUUUCAAAACAGUUGCAGGACGUUAUUGACUCCUCUGCAGUGGUCUCCGGUUGUGAUGCCAUGAUGGAGGCUCAGAACAACAACCAGCCGACGUUAGACAACCUGAACAACCUCUACAAGCUGGCUGCUCAGGACGACCAGAAGAACAUGUCCGGCCGUAAGUUCUGCUGCUCGAUGUCGAACUUUCAGAUUGAGAAGAAGAUCGGCCGGGGUCAGUUCAGUGAGGUGUAUAAAGCCACGUACCUGCUGGAGGGUCAGCUGGUCGCUCUCAAGAAAGUCCAGAUCUUUGAGAUGAUGGACGCCAAGGCUCGUCAGGACUGCGUCAAAGAGAUCGACCUGCUCAAGCAGCUGAAUCAUCCCAACGUGAUCAAAUACCUCGACUCCUUCAUUGAAGACAACGAGCUCAACAUUGUCCUGGAGCUCGCCGACGCAGGAGAUCUGUCCCAGAUGAUCAAGUACUUCAAGAAGAAGCGGCGGCUCAUCCCAGAGAGGACGAUCUGGAAGUACUUUGUGCAGCUCUGCAGCGCUCUGGAGCACAUGCACUCACGCAGGGUGAUGCACCGCGAUAUUAAGCCGGCCAACGUGUUCAUCACAGCCACGGGGGAGGUGAAGCUGGGUGAUCUGGGGUUAGGACGAUUCUUCAGCUCCAAAACGACAGCAGCUCACUCCUUAGUGGGGACGCCGUACUACAUGUCGCCCGAGAGGAUCCAUGAGAACGGAUACAACUUUAAGUCCGACAUCUGGUCUCUGGGCUGCCUUCUGUACGAGAUGGCGGCGCUGCAGAGUCCGUUUUAUGGAGACAAGAUGAACCUGCUCUCUCUGUGCCACAAGAUCGAGCAGUGUGAUUACCCUCCGCUGCCAGGCGACCAUUACUCAGAGAAGCUGCGGGAACUGGUGAGCAUGUGCAUCAGCCCGGAUCCAGACCAGCGCCCGGACAUCGUCUUUGUGCUGCAGAUCGCCAAACAGAUGCACAUGUGGACCUCCAGCACCUGAGGGGGCGGACUCUGCUCAGUCUGAGGACCUGAAGCACUGGGAGUCAGAUCUGCCUGGUCUCACCUGGACGGGAGGGGAAACCACGGACAGACUUGACAGACUUGUAGAGUGGACGGCGACACUUCUUUUGUGUCCUGGAUGAUGUGAGGAGGAGAUGGGUGGUGUUACACGUGUUGAAGGUGGAGUUUAUGAAGCCAGAUCUGAUCAUGUGAGAGGAGGUUGGUGAUCUGCAGAGGGUCUUUCUAUCAAAGGUCACAGGGGUCCAUUCCAUGUUUAACCCCUGAGUGAGUGACAGGUGACGAUCUGUAUUCAUCACCCGUCUUAUAAUCACAUCAUACGUCUGCUUCAUAUCGUCAGACAGAGUGCUUCAUGUAGACGACUGGAUGGACCAUUAGAGAACACUUCAGUUAUCAUGUCUGAUUCUUUAAUGCAGCUUUAAUGAUGUUCGCUUUCAGGGAGGAAACUAGCUUUAGAAUAUCUUCAGUAUGUAAGUCAGCAGGUCUGUCAUCACGUUUAACUUGAGGCGUGAUUGAAGCUGAUUCAGAGCGCAGAACAGGAAGUAAACGUAAAAAAACAGAGCAACAUUUGUAUAAUGAUGUUGACACUUAAAACCUAAACUGAGUCGUGAAAGUGGAAUAGUAAAUAAAGAUGACAUAAGGGUGGUAAAAAAGAUUUUGUCACCAUAAAAGAAUCCACUAAUCAAACAGUAAAGGAGCAGUAUGGAACUCUGACACCUAGUGGUUAAAAUGGGUACUGCAGUCCAAAUUCUAAACGUUGUAGAGAGCUGUCCCCCCUCUAGAGUCGAUGUUCACGCAGGUCA